ACGGUAGAAAGCAUGGCCAGCAACGAAUGGGAAGGCGACUUCGACCCUAUGGCGGAUCCAGAAGAACAAAAACAUCUCCUUUCAGUCCUCGACUCCUUUCGCUCUUAUCGUCGCCUCGGUCACUGGAAUGCCGCACAUACUAGACGUCAGGCAUUUUACUCGCUUCCAUCAGCACACUGGACUCUGCUUUCGCAGCCGCCGUUUUCGAUCCUCGACACUUUCAACAAGAUAGAUGACCUUGUUGAUUCAAACGCUUCGCUCGCAGAGGCCAUCUUUGUUACAGGCUUCCAAGCAUUCAUAGCUCCCGGUCUCGAUAGCGAAUGGGUCACCCAAAUUGUCCCGGAUCAUGCUACCCGCGAUGUGUUCGAUGUUUACUCCACCGUGAUGGACCAUCUUAACGUAACCAGCACGCAGAACGACCUUGAAAAAGCACGUAGCUGCGUCAAUCAAUUCUAUCGUGAAUGGAGUGCCGAAGGGGCGGUCGAACGCGAGAAAUGCUUCACACCCAUCAUCUCUCAGUUGCAAUCCGAAUUCGAUAGUCAAAAGUCUAACGAUCCUUCCCUGCAGAAGUCGCACAUCAAGGUUCUCGUGCCCGGCGCCGGACUGGGCCGUCUCGUCUUCGACAUCUGCCGUGCAGGCUUUGCAGUAGAAGGGAACGAAAUAUCCUAUCAUGAACUAAUGGCGUCCUCGCUUGUCCUCAACCACAUCAAAAAACCAGGCCAAUUCACCAUUGCACCCUUCGCGCUUAGCUCGUCCAACCACCUCUCCCGCGCCGACCAGUUUCGCACCUACGCUAUUCCAGACGUACAUCCAGGCACUGAGCUUUCCAACACGAAUGAUCCUAUUCCUCCAUUCGAGCGCAUGAGCAUGGCCAGUGGCGAUUUCUGCGUCUUGUACACACAGCCCAGCGCCCAAUCCACCUUCGACGCUGUCGCAACCGUCUUCUUCAUCGACACUGCGCCAAACCUCAUCCGCUACAUCGAAGCCGUGCAGAACUGUCUUAAACCAGGUGGUCUGUGGAUUAAUCUCGGCCCACUGCUAUGGCACCACGCCUCGCGGCCCGUGCCCUCGGCUGAGAAAGAGCAUGGUGCAGACAGCAAGAUGAAGGAUGCGAGUGAGGGCCAGCAUGUGGAUACAGGCAUUGCGGAUCCGGGGUCGGUGGAACUCACGGACGAUGAAGUGGUGGCGCUGGUGAAACAUUUUGGAUUUGCUGUGGAGCGUCAUGAGCCGGGGAGUGUGUGUACGGGAUAUAUCACAAAUACGGGGAGUAUGCUACAAAGCACAUAUCGCGCUACAUAUUGGGUCGCUCGGAAGACGUAUUAG